UUCAUCUUGUUUCCUCACACCUCCAUUAACAAAACCAAUCAAAACCCAUCUCAAUUCACCACUCUCUUUCAUCAAAUCAAGAUCCUUUCUUCUCAAAUCCUUAAGAAAAAAAAACAUUCUUCCGAUGAAUCUCUCAGCUUCCAGUUUCUUGAUUCUUCUCUCCUUCUUCAUCUCACCGAAUCUCUCCUCCUCGAAGCCAAUGAAUUGCACCGACACUUCCCGUCUCUGCACUUCCUUCCUCGCUUUCAGACCAAACCAAAACCAAACUUUCUCAAUAAUCCAAAGUAUGUUCGACGCAUUACCAUCGGACAUAACCACCGAUAUCACCAGAGAAGACGGCGGAGGAGGAGGAUACAUCUACGUGAAGAAGAACUGUUCUUGUCUCACCACGACUCCUCAUCAGUACGCAACGAACACGACAUUCACAAUCAGACAAAACAGUGGCUACGUCUACGAUGCUGUCGUCUCUGCUUACUCUGGUCUCGCUUUCCCACCCAACACUAGUAGAGCAUCUAGUGCCGGCGCGGUUGUGUCUGUGCAGCUUCUAUGUGGUUGCUCGAGUGGUCUCUGGAACUACCUUAUGAGCUACGUGACGCUCUCUGGAGACAGUGUUCAGUCUCUCUCGAGCCGGUUUGGUGUUAGUAUGGAUCGAAUCGAGGAGGUUAAUGGAAUAUCGAAUCCUGAUAAUAUCACAACCGGAGAUCUCAUUUACAUCCCUCUUGAUUCUGUACCUGGAGUGCCUUACGAAGCAAGAAAGAUAAACCCUCCUGCUCCUUCUCCUUCGCCUUCUUCUGUUUUAACCAACAGCAAUAUCUCAGCUGCUGACCAGGUGAACCACACUUCAAAGGGAGGUCAUGUCCCUUAUAUAUGGAUUGUUGGUGGUCUUACUGUUGUGCUUGCACUUCUUGUGAUGUGUAUACUUGUGUGUAUCUGUUUGAGAUCAUCUGGCUGCAGCUCUAGUGAUGAAGAUGGUAAUGAACACAGCUUCCAAAUCCUUAGAAAGUCCAGUUUCUUCUGCGGGUCUAGUAGGUAUAAUUGCUGCAGAUCCGGGGAUUUUAGACAGAACAACGGUGAAACUCAGAGCCAUCAUCAAGUUGUUGCUGUUCCUAAAGCUCUUGGUGAUGGAGUGUUUGAGAUAGAGAAGCCUAUGGUCUUUACAUAUGAAGAAAUCUCUGCAGCUACAGAUGGAUUCUCUGAUACUAAUCUUCUUGGCCAUGGAAAUUACGGUUCAGUAUACUUUGGUCUACUUAGAGAACAGGAAGUUGCUGUCAAAAGGAUGACUGCUACAAAGACUAAAGAGUUUGCAGCAGAGAUGAAAGUUCUUUGCAAAGUUCAUCAUUCCAAUCUGGUAGAGUUGAUUGGUUAUGCUGCAACCAGUGAUGAGCUUUUCGUAGUGUAUGAAUAUGUGCAAAAGGGAAUGCUGAAAAACCAUUUGCAUGAUCCUCAGAGCAAAGGCAAUACCCCACUGUCUUGGAUAAUGAGGAAUCAGAUUGCACUUGACACAGCAAGAGGCUUGGAAUAUAUUCAUGAACAUACUAAAACUCAUUAUGUUCAUAGAGACAUCAAGACAAGCAAUAUUUUACUGGAUGAGGCGUUCAGGGCUAAGAUAUCAGAUUUUGGACUUGCAAAACUAGUUGAGAAAACUGGAGAGGGUGAAAUUUCUGUUACUAAAGUUGUUGGUACAUAUGGUUAUCUUGCACCAGAAUAUCUAAGUGAUGGUCGUGCCACUUCGAAAAGCGAUGUUUAUGCCUUUGGUGUUGUUCUUUUUGAGAUUAUUUCUGGAAGAGAAGCUGUUAUAAGAACAGAGGCAAUGGGAACUAAGAAUACAGAGAGACGUCCAUUGGCUUCUAUUAUGUUAGCUGCUCUUAAGAACUCACCAGACUCUAUGAAUAUGUUGAGUUUGAAGGAGUUUGUCGAUCCCAACAUGAUGGAUUUAUACCCGCAUGACUGCUUGUUCAAGAUUGCAAUGUUGGCAAAGCAGUGCGUGGAUGAUGAUCCGAUUCUAAGACCAAACAUGAAGCAAGUGGUUAUAUCACUCUCGCAGAUACUCUUGUCUUCCAUUGAAUGGGAAGCAACUCUUGCUGGAAACAGCCAAGUCUUUAGUGGUCUUGUACAAGGAAGAUAAAAACAAUGAAACCUUGAGAGUAAGACCCUUCGUAUUUUUCACUCUUCAACAUUGUCUAGAGGAAUGAUCAGUCACAGUCUAGCUAUGUAGUUAGUUACAGAGACAAAUCUCUUUCAUCUUGCUUUACAUGUCUCAAUAUGAUUAGUAUUCUUUGAAGAAUCAGGGAAGAGAUGUGUGCGUUUAUAUAUUGGAAUCUUAUUAACAAAACACCACUUUAUUUGCUCACAAUAGAUUGAUGAUGAUACAAG